UCAGUUGACAGCAGGAUUUACAAGUUCCCUGAGAGCUCAAGUUCGGGUGACAACUCCUGCCUGCCAGUCAGUUUGCACGGACCACCACACUACCCAACGCCUGCACGCAGACGUCAUCGGACCACCUUCAGUCAGGAGCAACUGGAACACCUGGAGGCCACCUUCAGUAAGAACCAUUAUCCAGACAUCUACUGCAGGGAGGAGCUGGCCAAGAUCACCAAACUGAAUGAGGCACGCAUCCAGGUGUGGUUUCAAAACCGACGUGCAAAGCAUCGGAAACAAGAACGCACUGUUCAGAAGUCGAUCCCUCCCACUGUUAUUUCUGCCUGUAGUGGCCUGAUACCUGCUGUUUGCCCAAUGUCUACUUCAGCCAGACCAUACCACCAGUACCCUCAUGCUAUAAAUCAUAUGUCACGCUUCUCAACGAUGGCAAGUGCCUAUGGUUCCCCUUCAGCUGUCAGCCAAUUCUCCUACACUAGUACACAUGCACAAUUGGCCUCUGCACCACCUGCAACCAGGCAGCAUGAGGACUGGUACAGUCCCCUACGCUCCAUUAACUCUCCCACAGCUGGCUUACCCCCAUCAAUGCUUGCCCUGGGACCCAUGCCAGGUCUGGAUCCACAAACACACUGGAGCUAAUUGCUAAAUGAAAAGGUGUCGUUUUCAAAAGUAAAAUCCGGGUAGAUUAUGUAACAAUAUCCCCUGGUUAUCUGCUAGCCGUGCACUAAUUUAGAAAAUUGUAUUUAAACAAAUGUGCCCAAAUCAAGGAUUUGUUCAUUAGUGAUAAAGAUCAUGCAAGAUAUUUCAUGUUAUAACGUUUGGGAAUCAAUUAUGAAAAUAAAAAUAAUGAUUUAUUAAAAGUUGUGGUUCUUG